UUCAACUAUGGCUAUGUGCACACGGGCGUCGUUUUCGAGCGUUUUCAAAAACGUUUUUGUCCCUUUAAUCGCUUUGAUGCCCUGUUCACGUGGUUCAAAGGAAAAUAUCUCCAAUAUAUUAAAUAAACUACAGCUUCAGUCGUAAAUUAAUAGUUUUCGCAUCCGUUUUAGCGUGAAAACGCAAAUGAAAACGCUCGAAAACGUUACCGUGUGCACGUAGUCUAUGUCUAUGAACCAUUUUUAAACUACCACCAGAAACAUGUCGACAGUUUAUCGUAAAACGGUAUGGUUCGUCCGUGGGCUGCGUGAAUAUACGUUAAAUGGCUACCUUGAAGCGAAAAAGAAAUUCGAAGACUUAGACACCGACACUUAUAAAGACCUAAACGGUAAAGCGUAUAUGGUGACAGGCGCAAACAGUGGAAUAGGGAAAAGCGUUUCGUUAGAGCUAGCCAAACGUGGAGCUACUGUACACAUGGUUUGCCGCGAUAAAACGCGAGGGGAAGAAGCACAUCAAGAAUUAUUAGAAGCCAGCCCAAACAAAGAGGUGCAUUUACAUCUAUUGGAUAUGUCAAUGCCCAGAAAAGUUUGGGAAUUUGCACUAAAUUUUGCGGCAUCUGGAAAAACCUUGAAUGUUCUGGUAAACAACGCUGGUUGUAUGGUGAAUGAAAGGGUGGUAUCGGAAGACGGAUUGGAAAAAAAUUUUGCAACAAAUACUUUGGGGACUUACAUAUUGACCACUGGGUUGAUCAGCACACUUGAGAAAAGCGAAGAGCCUCGGAUUAUUACUGUUUCAUCAGGUGGGGUGUCGUCAUAGUAACUUUGGAUAAUGGGGUUGUUAGAGGGAUGGAAAAAUUCAAGAUUGCCCCUCCCAUUUAACACUGGUGGAAGAGGGAUUAGACCUCCCCCACAGAGGAAAUUAACACCCCCCCCUAUCCCCUUUAUUUUAUUAUUGUCAGAGGUGUACUCUCCAUACACCCCUCCAGAUGGCAGAAAUUACCUCUGUGGGGAGAGUGUGGAUCUUUUCUGGAAUGACCCAUUAGAGAAAUUCCAUAAAAGGAGAAGUUAAUAAACUUUCCCUGUGAGCAGAAGUAUCUGUAUCUUGUAUUUCUGGUAAGCUUCUGAGAUGUAUGUCUUAUUUUCAUUCUAGGUGGAAUGCUUUUGGUCAAGCUCGAUGUUCAAGAUUUACAAUUUGAGAGGAUGAAUCCAUUUGAUGGCACAAUGGCAUAUGCCCAGAAUAAACGUCAACAGGUGAUCAUUACAGAAAAAUGGGCUGAAAUGUACAAGUCAACAGGCAUUCACUUCUCAUCUAUGCACCCAGGUAAUAAGCAAGCUCAACAUAUUUAUUAUUACCAUGACAGAGUUCUAUACACAGAGUGUGAGUCAACAUUUUCAGAAAGAAUUAAAUCAUACAUUUGAGCCACACCAGAAAACCGCACCCAAUCCCUCAAUGGUCGCACUAAAAACCGUAAAUUUUGGAACAUAUGUCUUCAAUUUCAAUGCUUUCUAUAAUUCUACAGUUUGCAUGAUUGCCAAAUUGUCAUAUUAUGUGGUAACUGUGGUUAAUUUCAAGCAAAUUGACACACACUAGGUUUGUCCCCCUGGGCAGUUUAGGGGAGGUUGCACAAAGUGUACAGGGGCAUUUCGGGAGAACUUGACUGCACACAUCCCUGCAUUGCUAAGAAUACCAGUUUUUAUUUUAAUUUUUCAGUUCUUGCCUACUAGUGCUUGCUCAAAAUUGUUGGUACCCUUUGCUUUUUUAUAGGAUGGGCAGAUACUCCUGCAGUAAAAUCAUCAAUGCCAGAUUUUCACAGACGGAUGCAAGGAAAACUGAGAACACCCGAGCAAGGUGCGGACACUAUUGUCUGGUUAUGUAUUUCCAAGGAAGCAGUCAAAACUCCAAGUGGAUCAUUCUUUCAGGACCGUCAAGCAGUUUCAAAACACCUCCCUCUUGCUUGGACAAAGUCCUCGGCUGGUGAUGAGGAGACACUGAUGACAAAAUUAAAGGAACUUGCAGAGAAAUUUAGGGUAGAAAAUACACCUAAUGAAUGAAUGAUUUUAACUCAAGGCCAGAUAUAUAAUACAAGCCAAAUGAACAAGACUGAAGUAGAGUAAAUGUUUGACUGAAAUAUGUAGCCACCUAUUGUGAUUUGUGUCAAUACUACUGUAUUUGUAUUUAUAUUAGUUGCAAGUAAAGGUCUGACUAAUUUAGAAGAACUAGCCUGAAUUAUACAAUGACAAUUGCCAACAGUAUACACAAAAGAAGAGUAAUAGUAUGUUUGUAUUGCCUUCUGUAUAAAAUAUUAUUAUUAUUUUAGAAACUUCAUAUAAUCAUGUCUAUACUGUGUUUGUAUUCUUAUUAGUAUAUCUCAUAGGAAACACGACCUACUUGUCAAGUUUGUAAAUCAAUAUCAUAAAAAUUACAUAGUGUGUUGAAUAUAUAAAUAUAGUAUGAUUGUACAAUAAAAAUAUGUUUGUUCUUCCUUAUUUUAUACAAUUGUUCUUAUAAAAUUAUUAUGCUAAUGCAAGACACUGAUAUGGUAUAUAGCUUUGUGAUUUGUCAUCAUGAAAUGCAACGCAUGAUGUUGUCAUGGCCCUAGACUGAUAAUGCUCAAGACAGAGGCAGACAUCAGAAUAUGCCCAGUCUGUAUCUACAAUCAAGUUUCAGUUACACAUCUUUUUCUCUAACUUUAGUUGUGUGCGUAACAGGAUGUAACCAAGACGUCACUUGACUCAUGUGGUUAAUAUAAUAUCGUUCCCCUUCAUUAGUGUAUGCCUCUUCCCAACCAAAUGGCAGAGGCUCUUCUUCAAGUAAUACCCUUACACCAUGUGCAACAUCUAGAGCUUCAUCUGCAAGUUUAUGUAACAUUGCUCUUUGCGGCAAGUAAGAUGGUGGUGAACCAGGGGUCUGUGGAGAGAUGGAGGAACUUGCUGGAGACACCCCACCAUGUUUCAGGUAAUCAUAAACACGAUCUGCAAGAGUUAGUAACUUUUGAGUAGAAACUUCGUAGGUCCUUUUCAUAACUUCAUUUUUUCGCAACUGACAUCCUAAAACAACGACCUUCUUUUGUAAAUCUUGAACCUCUUGUUGUUUGGGAGUGCCUUGUGUCUUCACAAGACGAAGUUCAUCUUCUAACAAUCUGAUAACUUGUUCAUAAUCCUCAUCUCUCCGCACAGCAGCUUCUGUUGCCUGUCUGGCAAGGUAGACCUGGUCUUUGAGGGUCAUGCUCUCUUCCAGUGCCUCUUCUGCAGUUCUUUUUAUUCUUUCCAUUUGUUCUACUUCGGAUAAUGUCAAACUUUGCUUUUCGUCUAACUGUUGUUUUAACAAAUCAACCUCAGCUAAUGCAUUAUCACGUUGCCUUGUCAGGUCUGCAAUACGACUGUCCAUGACGUUUGGAGAAGCUUGUCUGGCUACUAGAGAGGUUUGAACCAAAGGUGCUUCAUUCUUUUGCAAACCACUCAAAGCAAACUGCAAUUUGGUUCUGCUAAGUACCCCACUAUGAUCGUUUAACUCGACACUUAAAACAUCUUGCACAACAUCAACAAAGUCACCGUAUGAAACACAACCACUUACAUCAAUAUGCAAUUUCCCUCUGAUUUCUUUUUGCUGUUCUGCUGUUAACUCAACCCCUAAAUAACUCAAAGCAACUUCCAACUUUUCAAUACGAAGUUUGGAUGCUGGUGCCAAAGAAAGUCGACGCUUUGGAGGUUUCCUAGCAGUGUCCGGCAUUGUAUCCCUAGGAGUUGUUGACUCACGAGACCCUCUUAGGUCUUGUUGAAGGUAAAAUUGUAUAGAUGAUGGUUGUAUUGAGGAUUGCAUGAUUGAAGAGAAGUGGUUAGUUGGAUAAGAUUGUGUUGUACCAUAAUUACCAUUUUCAUCAAGAUUAUGCUGAUCAAAUAACCGAGAGCUUUCAACUUGUUUGUUUGUUUCCGCUUUACCAACCACUGUUGCCACUGGUUCCCCUGUUCCAACCAGAUUGCCCUCACCAAAACUCGCCUCUCUGCUGACCAUACCUUGACACACAUAGGUUAUCUCAAAUUCACUCUCUGCUCGAAGUUUAACUUGGGUCAGUUUCAUCUUGGCUUCCUCAUGUGUAACAUUAAGAAAUGACUCACCAUUAAUACUAACAAUCUGAUCGCCAGGUUGAAUUUGACCAUCAUGAAAAACAUCGCCACCGUUAACAAGCUCUUUAACGAUCACAACUGGACCAUCUGAAUGGUUGGUACCGCCUGUGACACUCAUACCCAGUCCAUUUGUGACAGGAAUGUGAGUAACCAUUACAUUCGUUAAACUUUUCAAGGUGGAUGACGAAGACUGUAAACCCGAAUCAACAUUAGACUCGGCAAGGGAUGCAGGUCGUUCACUGUUUAUAAGCAUAUCCACUGUAUUCGAUAGGUCCCCACCUUUAGUACCAUCCUUUCCAAACUCCAGACCUCUGGGAGACAUAUUCCCAGAUGACAUUGGUGACAUUCUACCAUUGGCUAAAACCCAUGACCGUUUUUCAAUGAGGGUGGGUGAAACCACUGUAGAACGUUCGAAACUGUGACUGCCAGAAAAAUCACCAUACUUUGCCGUCCCAUUUCUCAAAACUCCAAGUAACUUAUUAUACUCUUGUGCAGCAAAUGCACUUCUUUCUACUAACAGAGUUACAGUUCCCGCCUUGGCUGCGUUUACAAGAACGCUCAUUGCUUUUUCAUUAGUAACCUCAUGAAGGCUCUCAUUGUUGACAUGAAUAAUUUUAUCUCCUUCUUUUAAUACGCCAGUUUUCUCUGCAACGCUACCAGCUAUAAUUCGUUUCACAAAUAUUCCAUAACUAGGUCCACCACUAGUCCUUCCACCAACAAUUUUUAUUCCGAUUCCGCCCUGGCAAUUGUUCAAAACAAUGCGUUUUUCAGCGGGACUUUUCUUCCCCGAUGGGACAGUCUCAAACUUGUUUGUGUCACCCAUCCGCGCGAUUUUUCGACUUUUACGCGGUUUCCAUCACCAAAUCUCAUUAAAUAACCACAACAAAUUUCAAUAUAUAAACUCUAAAUCAUAAUAAAGUUGUUU